AUGUCUACAGACAAGAACCCGGCCGGCGCAACCGUGCCUGCGCCGGCCAUCGAAGCUGCCGACCAUGGCGACGCCGCCGCCCACCAAGAUGCGCCCGUCAAUCUCCCAGCAGGAUGGAGGUACAGGCAACGCCGCAUAUUUGGCGUCGCCAUCCCGUGGUAUGCCUCGCCCCAGACCCAGCUCAUCAUGGUGUCUUUUGUCUGCUUCCUGUGCCCCGGCAUGUUCAACGCUUUCGGAGGCAUGGGAGGAGGUGGUAAAACCGACGCGACCCUCGCCGACAACAUGAACACGGCGCUGUACAGUGCCUUCGCCGUCUUUGGUUUCUUCGGCGGCACCUUUAUCAACAAGCUCGGCGUCAAGUACACCCUGGCCUUUGGAGGCGUCGGCUACUGCGUCUACGCCGCCAGCUUGCUCGCCUCUGUCCACGCUGAUGUCUCUGGCUUCAACCUCUUUGCCGGCGUUUUCCUCGGCAUCUGCGCCGGUCUCCUCUGGACCGCCCAGGGCACCAUCAUGAUUUCCUAUCCCCGCGAACACGAAAAGGGCCACUAUUUCGCCUGGUUUUGGGGCAUCUUCAACAUGGGUGCUGUCAUUGGUAGUUUGAUUCCGCUCGGAGAGAACAUCAACGUCAAGGUCAACGCCACCGUCACCGACGGCACCUACAUCGGCUUCAUCGUCCUCAUGUUCUGCGGUGCCGUCCUCGCCCUCAUGCUUUGCAACGCCAAUGACAUUGUCCGAUACGAUGGCAGCCGCGUCAUCCUCAAGAAGAACCCCAGCUGGCAGAGCGAGCUUCUCGGGCUUUGGGAAACCUUGCGAUUCGAACCCAUGGUUGUGCUUCUGUUCCCCAUGUUCUUCUCCUCCAACUGGUUCUACGUCUACCAGCAAAACGCCGUCAACGGGGCGCGCUUCACGACGCGCACCAAGGCCCUCAACAGCCUUCUGUACUACCUUGCCCAGAUCGUCGCUGCUUGGAUCACCGGCCUUCUUGUCGACGUCCAGGGCGUGCGCCGAUCCGUUCGUGCCAGAAUUACUUGGGUCGUUCUGUUGGCCUUCACCUUUGCCCUCUGGGGUGGCGGCUACGUCUACCAGAAAGGCUACACGCGCGAAACCGUCAACGUCGAGUUGAACCCGGGAUAUGAGCCGACCGACUGGACUUCACCUGGAUAUGUCGGCCCCAUGUUCUUGUACAUCUUUUACGGCUUCUACGACGCGGCCUGGCAGGCAUGCAUUUACUGGCAAGUCGCUUGCUCGCCUCAAGCCGUGCCGGCAGCUGACUCGACUCUUAGGUACAUGGGGGCUCUCUCCAACUCUGGCCGUCGUUUGGCCAACUACGUCGGCUUUUACAAAGGCAUACAGUCCGUUGGUGCGGCCGUCAUGAACAACCUGGAUGCUCGCAAGCUUUCCUUCAUGAAGGAAUUUAUCAGCAACUGGGUCUUGCUCGGAGCCUCUCUGCUUAUCGCUGCCCCAGCCAUCUUUCUCAAGAUCCCUGACCACGUCGAGGUCGAGGACGAUCUCAAGGGUACAGACGAAACUGUGGAGGACGUCCUCCCUGUUGCCCACGGUCAUUCCGAAAAGGCCGCGGCUUAG